AUGUUCCCCGGCAUUUCGUGCGCCUACACAGGCCUCUUAGAGCUCGCCUUCGCCGAUAUGGAGCGCCAGUUCGUCCUCGGCAGCGAGCAGGGGCUGGACGUCGCCCGCUCAGAGGCGGUCGCCGUCUUCGACCGGCUCGGCGGCUACAUGUUCUCGGGCCACCCGCGCAACCUGCCCAAGACGGUGCUGAAGCCCCUCGGGACUCGAGAGCCUCUGGGCCGGCGGCUGGCCGUUCCUGGACCUGGUCCCCUGGACCUCGGCGCCUUAGGCUCCGGCGGGGCCGUCAUCAAUAUGGCCCGGUGGCCCCGCUCCGCCAAGACGGGCCCGCCCUUGCUGCUCCACGUCCGGGGGCUCGAGCACCACUACGGCGCCCGGGUCGCCUCCUGCCGUGAGAGCGCCGUCUGGUUCGCCAUGCUGGGGGCGGGCGCCUUCACGAGCAAGACGGCCGUCACCGCCUUCGCCGACGAGCUCAUCCGCGAGCUCUGGAUCCCGCAGACCAAGGACUUCCUCGUCCAGCAGCUCAGGCGCCGCCUCUACGAGGGGGGCAGCGAGGCGGUCAGGUCUAUCACGAUGGAGGAGAUCGGCGCGUGCAGGGAAGCCAUAGCCGCCUGGGAGGCGGCGCCCGACGCGUUCACGUGGCAGGCGCUCCGGCAACUGUGCCGCGGCUUACGGCCCGGCGGCAAGCGGGUGCUUAUGACGGCGACCGGCUGGCGUACGCGGGACGACUUCGUGUCCGAGCUGCUGAGGUUCAUCGGGAGCGACAAGGGCAGGGGCGCCUUCGCGGCCAAGAACGCGGCGUGGCCGCCGACGUUGCACUUCGCCCUCGCCAACGGCCGGGACGCACGGGGCGGGCUCGACUCGGCCAUGUGGAUCGGCGUCUUCAAGGGCUGCCUCGCCGCCGCCGGCGUCGAGUGGGUCCCCGACUCCCCACUGGGCCGGCUGACGUCGAGGAGCGUCAUUCGGCUCGUGGGCCCGACGACGGUGGAGCCGGCGCCGUCCGGGCGGCCCACGAGGCGGAGGACGUUGCAGGACCGGGGGCGGCGCCGGGAGCAGCGCCGCCGAAUCGACCUCGGCUGUCCUGUACCCUUCACCAACAUCCCCGAGCUCGUUCUCUCCGGCUUUGAGGAGGCCAAGGUGAUAUUCUUCAGGAAGGGUGGCGACACCAGGGUCCUCGACCACUAG